AUGGCAAUGGUAAUCGACACACUUGCAGAAACAGCUAUUUCUAAUCUAUUGGGGGCUGUUACCAGUUUGUUGAAAGAGAAGGUGGACCUCAUAUGGAAUGCCAAAGACGAUCUCAAAAGACUCAAUUGGAAGCUGGAAAAGUUGCAGAAGGACCUCAAAACCUUGGAUCGCAAGCACUUUUUCAGCAAUGAGCGUGACAAAGAUCUAGAGAAUGAGGUGAAGGACAUUUUAUAUGAUGCCCAGGACAUCAUCGAAGAAUACCAAAACGUAGUUGAUCUCAGCAAAAGGGAGAAAGAUUCUAUGACUUCAUUGAACAAGGUAAGAAAGCCCUGGAUCAUUCUGUGCUCUUGCUUUAAAGAACAUGUAUCUGCUUCUUACCAACUUGGCAAUGAAAUUAAAAACAUAAACCGAAGGCUUGAUGAAAUAGGAAAUGAUAGUAAAAUGGUGGAUUUGCUCAACACAACACGAAAAGAGAGUAGUGGUAAGGGUCCUAUUGGCGAUGAACAUAACAAUCCUCGAGAGACAACCCAUUACAUAAGUACUACACAACCACCCAUAGGCAGGGCGAACGAUAAGGAGAAAGUAAAAGAACUCUUGUUUGAUGGCUUUACGGAGAAUAGUGUGCUAGGAAGACGUGGUGUUUCUAUUGUAUCCAUUGUAGGUCAAGGUGGGAUUGGGAAAACUACUCUUGCUAAAAUGGUCUUUAAGGAAGCCGAAGAACAGUUUGGGAAACACAGGUGGUGGGUUUGUGUUUCAGAGAUGCGAAAGCCUGAGGAUUUCCUGCAAAAGAUAGUGAAGGAAGUAUGCAAGGGAUCGGAGAGAGAACUUGAGGGUACCACUUUGAGUGCCUUGCGCACACAAUUAGAAAGUGAGCUCUCGAAGAGCAAGUUUUUGUUGGUCUUAGAUGAUAUGUGGGAAUUAGGUUGGUGGAAAGGAGAGGUAGAGGACACCCUGAUGGGAGGUGCAAAGGAGAGCAAGAUUGUGAUCACUAGUAGAAAGGUUGAAGUCUCCCAAGGGAUUGGUGCUAAAAUGCAUAAAUUACCAGCAAUGACUUUCGAGGAAAGUUGGUGCUUGUUUCUGGAUGUGGCAUGGAAAGAAGAAAAUGAGUUGGCAACUCACAAUUUGAAAGGUAUUGGGGAGAGGAUAGUGGCCAAGUGUGGUGGGUUGCCGCUUGUAGUCGAAACGGUGGGGUCCUUAAUGCGUACAAAAAGGAUGACGAAAGCUGUCUGGGAAAGCGUUGAGAAGAGUGAGAUCUGGGAAUGGAAGAUGCCUGCCUCAUCACCAUCUUCUGAAAUAUACGGUAGCAUUCUUCCUGGUCUCAUGCUGAGUUAUGAUGAUUUGUCACAUGAUUUGAAGCGUUGUUUUGUGUAUUGCUGCAUUUAUCCAAAGGAUUAUGAGAUUGAAAAGGGGAGAUUGGUCAAGCAAUGGGUGGCACAUGGAUUGAUUGACCAAAAGAAAGGCAUUGAUGUGGAAGAGACAGCAAAUGAAAAUAUUGAUAAUUUGAUAUAUCGGUGUUUGUUUGAAGAAACUGAAGAUAAGAAAAUAAAAUUGCAUGACAUUUUGCAUGACCUUGCCUCGUACAUAGGUGAAAAGGAAUAUAGGCAUGCCUCUGCUACUGAGCAAACACGCCAUUUGUCAUUACUUGGUGUAGACGAUGCAGAAGCAGCCAUGAAAUAUAAUGCCCUAGGAGCAGGAAAUAAGGUGCGGACAUUGUUGAGUAACUCCUUGUCUUCGGUGGAAUUCACCAAUUUCAAGUGGUUGAGGGUGUUGUCAUUGAUGGGAUGUCAGAUGGAUAAGCUACCAAACUCCAUUGAAUGCCUUUCACUUCUAAAAUAUCUCGAUCUAAGCGAGUCUAAUGUGAGACAGUUGCCCAGUUCAAUUGGCAAACUCCAUAACUUGCAAACAUUGGAUUUAAGUAAUAGCAACAUUGAAGAGUUACCCGAGGAAAUGGGCGAACUGUGCAACUUGAGGUAUCUUGGGCUGAAAGGAACAGAGUGUUUGACAUUUAUGGCAGAAGGUGUAGGGAAGCUUACCAAUUUACGGACCUUGCAUAGGUUUCUGGUAUGCGAUGAGAAAGGGGACACAAGAGGAUGCAAUAUUAGGGAACUAAAAGACUUGAACAAACUGAAAGGGGAAUUGUUAAUAAAAGGUUUGGGUGGGGGAAGGGUGAAAGUAAUUGAUGCAAAGAAAGCACAACUUAAGGAGAAGCAUGAGCUAAAUAUUGUGGCAUUGGUCUUCAAGAAUGACAAAGUGGAUAGUGCUUCUGACCAGAGGAGUUUGCUGGAGGCUUUGGAACCUCCACAUGGCAUAGAGAGGUUGGGAAUUUGCGAUUAUGAAGGAGAUAGGCCUGCAUGGUAUUUGGACACCAACUAUGUGGAGCUGCGGACACUAGAGCUGCGACGUUGCCCAUUGUUGGCAACAAUUAUAGGAAUUAAAUCAUUGGAAAAAUUGGAGGUCGACAUCUGCCCAACAUUGUGUGAAUUGCCAAGCAUGCUUUUCCUAAAGUCAUUGGUGGUAGAGGGAUGUAAUAUGCUGAAGACUCUUGCUAAUAUGCCGGCCUUGGAGUCAUUGAAGGUGGCUGCAUGUGGCAGCCUAGAGCAAGUAGCUGAGAUGCCUGCACUCAGGUCACUGAGGGUGGUCAGAUGUAAUAUGUUGAAGACUCUUGCUAAUAUGCCGGCCUUGGAGUCGUUGGAGGUAAGAUAUUGUGACAGCAUAGAGCAAAUAACAGAGAUGCCUGCACUGAGGUCAUUGAGUGUGUACAGAUGCAAUAUGCUGAAGACUCUUGCUAAUAUGCUGGCCUUGGAUUCGCUGAAUGUGAGUUUUUGUGACAGCCUAGAGCAAGUAACUGAGAUGCCUGCACUCAGGUCAUUGGAGGUGGGCAGAUGUAAUAUGCUGAAGACUUUUGCUAAUAUGCCGGCCUUGGAGUCGUUGGAAGUGAGAGAUUGUGGUAGCCUAGAGCAAGUAGCUGAGAUGCCUGCUCUCAAGUCGUUGAAGUUGGAUGGAUGUAAUGGGCUGAAGACUCUCGCUACCAUGCCUGCCUUGGAGUUGCUGCAAGUGGAAGAUUGUAACGCUCUAAAGCAACUCCCUACUCGCCUUGCUUCACUUAAGAUAAUGAAAAUGGAGAAAUUGGCCAACUGGAAGGGGUGGCCAGCAGCUGGAUCAGGGGAAACAACAUUUACUUCUAUGCCAUGCUUAAGAGUGGCUUUUUUUUCCAAUUGUCCAAUGAUGCAAACAGAAGGCUUGAUUUAUGCACUAUCGGAGCUGGCGGGGCAUGACGGCCAAGCGACUCAACUCCAAGAGCUGACAGUGUGGGAUUGCCCAAAUGCAAGUUUGGGUUGGAAAUUGCUUCAACACCUUCCUAACCUCAAUGAGUUAGCAUUGGGUGGGACAGUUUUGGAAUCAAUAGUAGUGCCAUCGGAGGUAUCGACAAUUCUGCCCUCCCUCAAGAAUCUGAUUUUGAUGGACAACAAUAGUGGAGAUCUCAAAUGGGGAAAGGUGCCUGACUGGGUGUGGGCUCUCUCCCAACUGGAGGAAUUGGGCCUACGAUGUUUUACUGAAGACAUCAGCUUGGGAGGCCACUGGCAAUGCCUCCCGAAACUGAAAAGUCUAUGGCUUUGGGACUUCCCCAAUCUAAAGUCUCUGGUGGACGUGAAUAAUAUUACUCCCCAACAAAAUGAAACAACAUGUCCCACGGAUGCCAAGCAACAGAUUACCUGCCUCUCGAAGCUUGAACACUUAGGAGUUCAGAGAUGCCCCGCACUCGAUCUGCCGCAGGAGUUAAGAGACCGGCUUGGAGGGAGGUUGGACAUAUAUGAAUGAUCAUUAGUGUUGCUAUAUGAUGUUACGGAACAUUUUCUAUUCAUUUUCAAUUGUCUGAAAUGUG